GGUCUCCCGGGUGAGAGGGGGCUGACGGGCCCUGAGGGGAAGCCGGGCCCGCAGGGCUUUAGGGGGGGCUGGGAGGCCCCUAAAGUACCCUGGACUGGGUACUGCACACUGGGAAUGGGGAGCAUCCCUGGGGUGCAGGGCAACCAGGGAGACCCAGGACCCCCAGGACCUCCGGGCAGUGCUGGCCCACCAGGGACCCAGGGCCCAGCUGGGACCAAGGGUGAUCCAGGGGAACCUGGCUCCGGCAUCCGGGCCAUCGCUGGCCCCCCUGGUGCCAAAGGCGAGAAGCAGGGCUCCAAGGGUGACCGAGGCUUGACUGGCCCCAAGGGUGAGAAGGGGGAGCCAGGAGGAUUCGGGGAGCCAGGAGAUCCUGGGGAAGACGGAGCCAAGGGGUCCUCUGGAGCCAAGGGGGAGAAGGGUGACAUCGGAUUGCCAGGACCACCAGGGCCUCCAGGCUUAGCGGGCAUUGCUGGGACACCAGGACAGCCCGGCCUGAGAGGGGACAAUGGGCAGCCUGGCCCUCCAGGUGCCCCGGGAGAGAGGGGCAUACAAGGGGCCUCUGGCCUGAAGGGUGACAAGGGUGAAGACGGGCGUCCUGGGCCAGAAGGGGAUCGCGGGCCGGCGGGCUUGCCUGGGAACCGGGGGGAGCGUGGGGACAAGGGAGACGCUGGGGCCCCAGGGCCCAAAGGAGACAAGGGCGAUACAGUGGUGGUGGAGGGGCCCGUUGGAGCGCGGGGCAGCAAGGGGGAGCCGGGUGAGCGUGGCCUGAAGGGCAUGGAAGGGGACAAGGGGGACAAGGGGGAGCAAGGCAUGCCCGGAGAGAAGGGGGCGAGGGGUGAGCAAGGCGAGAAGGGUUCCACGGGCUUUCCUGGGGCACGUGGCCCCGGCGGGCAGAAGGGAGAGGUCGGAGCAUUGGGAGAGCCCGGCGAGCCGGGCCAACCUGGCCGCAAUGGGAUCCCUGGAGCCCGAGGAGAGAAGGGGGACACGGGACCCCUGGGCAUGCGUGGCCCCAAGGGUGACCGAGGCAUGAAAGGCGCCUGCGGCCUCGAUGGGAACAAGGGUGAGAAGGGAGAGCCGGGGAUCCCGGGGCGCUCCGGGCUGCCAGGGAGGAAAGGCGAGCCGGGAGAGUUGGGUCUGUCAGGACCACCGGGCAUCCCUGGGAAGGAGGGGCUCAUGGGACCCAAGGGUGAUCGGGGAUUCGACGGGCAGCAGGGAGCCAAAGGAGACCAGGGGGAGAAAGGAGACCGGGGCGCCCCGGGCAUCAUUGGUGGCCCCGGUCCCCGGGGUAGUGAUGGUGCUCCUGGUCCUCCCGGGCCCCCAGGCAGCAUUGGCCCACGAGGUCCCGAGGGCAUGCAGGGCCAGAAGGGGGAGAGAGGUCCCCCUGGACAGUCAGUGCCGGGGGCCCGCGGCGUGCCCGGCAUCCCAGGCGAGAGAGGAGAGCAGGGCAGUCCCGGCAGCCAGGGGCUCCGCGGGGAGAAGGGGGAGCCGGGCAUGAUGGAGGAGGAGAUCCGCGCCUUUGUCAGGCAGGAGAUGAGCCAGCACUGUGGGCUCUUCCCCACCUCGCCGUUCCCCGAGGCUCAUGCGGUCCCUGUGCUCAAGUUGUCACACGCUGAAGAAGAGGAGGGGCAGGACAGGCGGGUCACACUCAACACUGAUGACCUUGAGUACGACAGCAUAUAUGGGGAGGAGGAGGAGGACUACGAUGAGGUCCCAGAGAUGGACAGCUCGGAGCAGCCCGCGAUGGGUGAUGCCCGUGAUGUUGCCGGUGGCAAGGCACUUCUGGCCACACUGCGCUGCAGGACACUGCUCACCUUCCUGGUGGUCCUUGGGGUGCCAGUGAGAGCCUGGAAGGGGCUGAGCCACCAACAGCUCCCCCAAGCCGGGGCUGGAGGCAGGCUGAUGAAGCGGGAAACUACCGUUGCUAACGAGAUGCUUCUGGGUCCCCUCAAAAUGAGGAGAGAUGACGGCUCUGGGGAAGGGUCUCAGCCGGACAAAGUCAGCCUGUUGCUGCUGGAGGGGUCAGCAAGAAAAGCAUCGCCCUGCCUGAUGAGCCCAGCCACCAGGAGACCUGCUCCCGGGAAAAAGGCCAGAAAGGUGUCCCUGUCACUUGAUGUCCCCACCCAAGUACUGAAAAUCCUGCUCGACCUGGCCAGGGAGAAGGAGCUGCAGGCCAAGGCGGCCGCCAACGCCGAGCUGAUGGCCCGCCUGGGGCGCAGGAAAUAA